AUGAGGAUCCCAUUGCACCCCGCCCAGUGCCCUCAGAGGUACCUCACCCAGGAUACUCCCCCCGACCCUUUGAGGAUGAGAUUGAUCCCUCAGAGACCUCCAGAUAACCCAGAGAGUCCUUGGAGGGACACUCCUCAGAACCUUGAGCCCACUCUGAACCAGGUGCGUCCAAUCCCCCUUGGAGUCGGGUCCCCCGUAACCAUUCAGAAGGACCCCAUACAAAGGGCCCUGAUCCUUGGAGGGCAUCCCCGACCCAAGAACCCUUUAGCCCUCAGAGGGGACCUCCGACUCCUCAGAGGAACCCCCAAACCUGAAGAAUCCCUGACCUCCAGAUGGAUCCCCAAACCAGAGGGACCCCUGACUCCUCAGAGAAACUCCUCAGACUCUAAAAGCUGGGACCCACCACCUCCCGGAGGGACCCCUAAACCAGAGGAACCCAGACCCUUAAAAGGGAUCCCGGAACCCCUCAAAACCCCUAAGCGAGAGAGAACCCCAACCCCUGGGACCUGGUACCAGAGACCUUCCGGAGGGACCCCCAAGCCAGAGAGAACCCCAACCCCUGGGACCUGGGCAAGCUCACCUCAGCCCUCUCCCUCCUUCUCCCCUACCCUCUCCUCACCCCGCAGCGGGCUCGCUCUUCCCUCCUGCCGAGGCCCGAGCCGGACCCGGAGCCGGGCCGCCACCACCGAGAUUGGAGCCGAGGCUGCUCCUCCCCCUCCCUCUUCCCCUCUGGCCCCUCCCACCGCCGCCACCGCCUCCUGCGCCCGCUCCCAGCCCGGAAGUGGCUCCAUGGACCCGCCGAGCCCUCGCUUAUCGCUCAGGCCCAGAGCUGCCAGCUCCGCGCAUGCUCAGGAAGCGACGCUGACGGACGCGCAGGGAGACCGGAGACAGAGCGCCCCCACCCGACCCCGAGAACCUAGAAAGCGCGAAGUGCUCCAUCUGGUGGCCAAGAGGAGGAACUGCACCCUCCACCUACUGGGACAUCCUCCGGGGGAGAGAAAGAGCUGCCAAAUCAAAAACACAGGUCUGGCCAUGUCACCUCAAGAAUCUUCAGUGGCUCCGUCCUUCCUCAAGGAUAAAGUGCAAGCUCCAACGUGUGGCUUGGAAAACCCUUCACAGUCUGGUCCCCGGGGGUGUUCCAGGCUCCUUAGUGAUCACCACAUUUCAAUCAAACUGGCCUGGUUGCUGUUUCCUUCGAGGCUCAGCAACUGAGACAUCUAUGUGGGUGUUUCCUGAUCCAUCCCUACUCCCUCGACACAAACACAGACAUAACUUCUUCCCCCUGAAAUUACUUUGCCUUUAUUUACCUGGGUCUCAGCUGUAUUCCUCAGAUUGACUAUAAGCUCCUUGAGGGCAGAGACCAACUUUUCACUUUGGAUUUUAUAUCCCUAGCACCUAGGACAGAGCUUCACAUAUAAAAAAUGUUUGUCAAGUUGUGUCUAAAUAACAGAGCUCGGAGGACAUAAUUUGAUUCCCUUGUAAAGAUGUUCUAGAUUAUGGAACAUUAAUUUAACUUGGGAUGAUUGUUUGUGUGGCUGUCACUUCUCUCUCCCUUUACCCCAGACCUGUGAGAUCGUAUUUCAGAUCUUACUUACCUAAAUUAGCUUAUUAUUCCAGGUGUUCUACGCUCCCAUCCUGCUAUCAUCUCCACUCCCAGUCCUGGAGGCUGAAGGUGCUAUAACAAAUCACUAAGUUUCACUGGGCCUUGCUUCACCCAGAGAUAAUCCCACGCCUCUAUCACCACCAUAGGGCAUCCUUCUCACUUCUGACAGUGAGGAGGAGGUAAAGAGCUACUCGGUUGGUACUGUGGCUCACUGCAAGUCCCACCUUGUUCCUAAACCCCGGGAGUAAGUUCAACCAACGCCCUGGAUUACAGAUCCCAAAAAGACAAGGUGAACCUCCCUCAAGAAUUCUGAGAUCGCUUUUUAUCAAAACAGAUAACCUUUUAUCAUUCCUUCACUCUUUGUAGAUUUGGUAUGGAGCCUUCAAGCCCCAAGCACAAGGUCUUGAUGACUCACAUUUGUGAGUUCAAAUCUAGCCUCAGACACUUACCGACUGUGUGACCCUGAGCAAGUCACUUCACCCUGUUUGCC